AUGGCAAACGGGUCAGACGGCAACUCCUCCAGCUGGCCCCGCCUCACGCUCAACACCUCCAGUCAGUCCUCUGCCCAGCUGCUGGUGCUCACCGGCGUGACGGUGGCGCUGAGCGCCGUCACUGUGCUGGGGAACUCGCUGGUCCUACUCUCCGUUAAGGUCAACCGCCGCCUGCGUACCGUCAACAACUACUUCUUGCUGAGCUUGGCGACCGCCGAUCUGCUGGUGGGGGCGGUCUCCGUCAACGUGUACGCGCUUUACGCGGCGUGCGGCUCCUGGCCGCUGGGAGCCGCCCUCUGCGACCUCUGGCUGGUCGUGGACCACAGCGUGAGCGCCGCGGCCGUCUUGAACCUGCUGCUUAUCAGUUUGGACCGCUUCUUCUGCCUAACCCGGCCGCUCAGCUACCCGCUGAGGCGCACGGGCAAGACGGCCGCCCUGAUGAUCGCUCUGGCCUGGCUGCUGUCUUUCUCCCUAUGGACACCGGCCAUCCUGUGCUGGCAGGGGGCCGGGGCCGAGCGCCUGGUACCCGAAGCGGAAUGUUACCCGCGGUUGCUCGCGAGCCCUGUAAUCACUCUCGGGACCACCCUGCCCGCCUUCUUCCUGCCCGGCGUCGCCAUGGUGGGCCUGUACAGCCACGUAUCUGCCGCAAGCCGCCAGCGUCUGAGCGCGCGUCGCCGGCCGCCGAGGGAACAGGUCGGCACAUCUGCUUUUUCCCUCCGGGGCGAGGCUACCGGCGACCGCUCGUCCUCCGGCAGAUUCAAACUUGGAAGGAGCGGAGGGGCGUGUGCGAGUGCAGGCCCGUCGGAGUGGACCGCCCUCUCGCUGCGCCCGUCUCACAGUGCGAGCGACUACUCGGCUCGAACCCGACGGCACCGGGCGGCCUCGGCGGCGUUGUCUUCGGCCGCCUCCACCCGGCAUCGGGGCGCGGUCAGGGAGAGAAGGGUGACGCGCACCAUACUCACCAUUCUUCUCACUUUUAUCCUCACCCGGGCCCCGCACAACGCCAUGGCGCUGGUGGCCGCUUUCUGUCAUGUACGUAUCCCGGACGUCCUGUGGCAGGCGGGUCUCUGGCUGGUUUACGUCAACAGCGCUGUGGACCCCGCCUGCUAUGCUCUGUGCAGCCCCACAUUCAGGAGCACCUUUCGCCGCCUACUGCGAUGUCGCUGCCCUGACCCGCCCGUCUGA